GAAGGGAAUAGCCAUCACAUUCCCUCCGCUGUGUUCGAACAGGAAGCAGAGGACAGAUAACAGAAGACUGAGUAAUGGAGUGAGAAAGGUAGAUAGAUCCAAAUCACCACACGAAGAAAGGACUGUGAUUGGGAAGAGGUGAAUGGAAAUUCGGAAAAUUGUGGAUUGUUGUACGUUGGGAUAACGCUAGACUAAGUGCGAAGCGGAGGGGAUACCUCGACUCGUCUGGAUAUUCUAAUUUUCGAUUCAAAGGAGAAAACCUCAACCGUUUAUAUCAAGAUUGUGAAAUUACAUGUGUGUUCGUCAGUGGAUGUUGGUUUAUCCACGCUAACUGCUGACCAUGUGUAAGGUUUUUUGUUUCUGAAGGUUGUGAAUCUUAUAGGUUUUUUAAUUGGAAACACCGAUCUCGUUUUCUGUGAGGGUCGCUCACCUUGACAAACAUGGCGGCUUCCACGAACCGAUGUGUCUGCAAAGCAGCAUUUCUCCUACAUUCCUUUCUGGUCUUUGUGAGCUCAGUCCAUGGAUUACGUUCGCAGGAUCACAAUAUAAUAUAUAUGCAAGAUGUGGAUUUAAAUUCUGAAAUAAGCCCUUAUUUGACACACCAUCGCCACGCCAGAUCCCGACCAUUUCACGAACGAGUGAAGCGCGCUGCACCAGUGACUCUUCAAAGGACCAUAGCCGAAAAUGCCACUUUUACUGAUCCAAUUUUCCAACUAAAUACAGAGGUUACCGGUCCCCAUUUAUUUGAGAUUGUUUCAUCCACGGUUGAUAUGUUCGCUGUGGAUAGGACAUCUGGAAACGUCAGGCUGAAACCCGGUAGAACAUUUGAUUACGAAGACGAUACCCAGCGGAGCAUUCAGCUCGUAAUCAAAGCAACAAACCAAAAUAACAUCACAGAUGAAACACAGUUCACAUUAACCCUGACAGUAACUGAUGUGAACGAUGCCAAUCCAGAGUUUAAAAACAAACCCUAUCCAUUCCUGACAACUGUGGGGCCCAACACUCCACCCAAUGAGAAGGUUUAUCGGGUGAUUGCCGAGGACCCUGACACAAACGCCAACAUCUCCUACAGGCUUGACUCUGGGGGAAAUGGCAGAUUCUACGUCAGCACUGAGACUGUUCCUUUGGAAGGUACAUUCAUCAAGGUCGGAAAUAUCUAUACCAAAGGUCAAGGACGAUUUGAAGAGGGCCGGGAAUUCAACUUGGUUGUGUUUGCCAGUGAUGACAAUGCCACUCCCCCACAAUCGACAAUGGCUAAUGUUUAUGUGAAGGUUGGACUCAGACCCCCACAGUUCUACGAAAACCCAUUCAGAGGAACUGUCCGAGAAAACAAUGGCAUUGAUCAAACGUUAAAUGGAGAGUUCAAGGUGGAAGCCCUUGCCUUUCAAGGCAACUCUAUCACAUAUCAGCUGCGUGAUGCCACCAACGCCACCUCUGCUCAGUUCUCCAUUGAUGACAGUGGUGUUGUCAAGACAUUGCAAGUACUGGAAUUUGAUGUGCCACGGGAACAGCGGCCACCGAUCUAUGAGCUGAAUAUACUUGCCACAGAGAGCGUCACAAACCUGCAGAGCACUAUGAAGUUGUUCAUUGAAGUCCUUGAUGACAACGACAAUGCACCAAUCUUUGAGCUGUCCCGGUAUUCUGCCAGGUUUCCUGAAGAUAUACCCAUAAAUAUGACAGUACUGGAAGUGAAGGCAGUUGAUGAUGACUCAGGGACCAAUGCUGAAGUGGUAUAUUCCAUCAAUCAUGACCAUUUCUACGUGGUGACGGAGAACAGAACAGGUCCUGGUGUUGGUGGCAUGGAGUAUGUCGGUGUCAUCAAAGUGAAGCACUUCACAGUGACUGCUACAGAUAAGGGGUCACCACCAAAUAGUGGGACAACUAGUGUCCAAGUGUUCAUGACCAAUGUCAAUGAUGAACCACCAGAGAUGAGUCUUGAAAACCAGAAGAUAGAUGUACGUGAAGAUGCCAAAGUAGGAGAUGCUGUCACUGUCAUCCAAGCCAUCGAUUUGGACAAGGACUCCGUAGAGUUCUACUUCUCUCCACGAAAUACAGACUUCAAGAUCUUCAGGAUCUUGCCAGCGUCGGGCCUUAUCACCCUGUCACAAACUGUGCCUGCUGAUGUUGACGAGUACAUCUUGAACAUCACUGCUUACGAUGAUGGUAGCUGCUGCGGUGGUUCACCAAUCCUGUCCAGUGAAGCCUACCUGAAUGUGGAGAUCGUGGACAUCAACACACACAAGCCGUCCUUCCCACAAUGCUCCACCUACAAUAAUGCUACCAUUCUUGAAGGGAAACCUGAAAAUACAGAUGUUAUACGGGUUCAAGCACAAGACAACGACAGAGGAGAAAAUGGCAGAGUCACAUACUCCAUUCUGAGACCAACUGUAAACCCUACAGUAAACUUUCAAGUAGAUGAAGACUCAGGGAAUGUCAGAAGUGCUAUCACUUUUGAUCGUGAAGCAGUGUCGUCCUAUACUGUGACAAUCAGAGGCGUUGACCAGGGUCGUCCACCACUGGACGGUUACUGUACCUUCACCAUCAGCAUUGGAGACAUCAAUGACAACAAACCCGUCUUCGACCUUACAAGCUACACUGCAACAAUCAGUCAAACCCUGGAAGUCAAUAGAUCUAUCUUGACCGUCAGAGCUAAUGACGAUGACCUGGGAAUAAAUGCAGCAAUUGAAUAUUUCAUGGUGGACAGUGAUGGUGGUGUUUUCAAAAUAGACAAAGAGGCUGGCAUUAUCGCCCUGAACAAGACAUUGGGAGUAAAAAAUCAAUAUGACCUGAAAGUCAUGGCAAAGGACAAAGGGUCUCCACCUUUGAACAGCACUGUUGACGUGAGGGUACGCGUCAUAGACCUCACUAGUCAGCCUCCCACUUGGAACCGUGCGGACUAUGAUGCUACUCCCUAUAUGGUGGACGAAACUGCCGAGCCACGCCAUGUCAUCGCAUCCUUCAGUGCCACUUCCAAUGUGGAUGACCCUACUGUGUCCUUCUCCUUGAUUGCUGCCGACGGCAGCCCAGUACAGUCUCUCCCACCGUUCGGUAUCAACUCAGGCGGCGGCACAGUCAACCUCACUGUGUUCACCACUACCAUGGAUUUCAAUGUCAAGAACCGAUAUGAGCUGCGUCUUCGGGUGUCUAAUCGUGGUUCAAUACCUCUGUCAUCUGAAAUACAUCCUGUUGUGGAACUAAGAGAUACAAACAAUAAGGUUCCAUAUUUCCGAGGUUUGGAUUCCUCAACAGGAUUCUACCCAGGAAGUAUUCCAGAAAAUUCACCCCCAGGACAGACUGUCAUUGAGAUAAAAGCUUAUGACGAUGAUCCAACGUAUCCCAACAAUUUUCUCACCUUUGAGAUUGUUCCAAAAGAAAACAUCUCUGACAAGUUUGCCAUCCGCAAGAUUGACGACAACACUGCAGUUCUGACAUCCACACACAGCUUUGAUCGAGAAGAAAACAGUCAACUGUUUGUUGAUGUUAAGGUUUAUGAUGGUGUAGAAUCCUCCCGCCCUGGACACAUUCAAGGGCAGCCAAACACAGCUACUGUCCCAGUACAAGUCCGUAUCACCGACAUGAACGACAACAGUCCCUACUUCGUAAAGGCCUUCUACAACGCGUCUGUGAGAGAGGAUGCUCCAGUUCAGCAGCAUGUCCUCACUGUCAGUGCCAGAGAUCCUGACGACGCCGCUGUCUUAACGUACACAAUCAUAAAUGGGAAUGAACGGGGUGCAUUUGGUGUGCAGAGUAAAACAGGCAUCAUCUAUGUUGGGAGACAGCUUGACUAUGAAACAGAACGACAUCUUUAUGACCUCACCCUGGAAGUAGAUGAUGGGAUUUACAAGAACACCACUCGAGUUAAUAUCCACGUGUCCGACGCCAAUGAUAACAGCCCUGUGUUUGUCAUUGACCCAUAUAUCAUCACUGAUGUUGUGGAGGAGGAUACAUCGAUCACUGCCACCAACAAGAGGUUCUUAGUGCAGGUGAAUGCCACAGAUGCAGACAUUGAUCGGCCGACGCAGAUCCGUUACUCGCUGCUUGGGUUUGGCACCUCAGCACCAAAUAAGUACUUUGAAAUUGAACCCGAGACAGGCCGUCUGUACCUUCUAACCAGCUUGGACAGGGAUCUGCCCAAUGGGAGACCAAACUACCAAUUCAACAUCCGUGCCCAAGAUGAGCCUGACCCUUUACCAGGAUCAGGUGACCUUGACCAACCUCAGAUCGGAUUUGCAUCUGUUCAAGUAAAACCAAUAGACAUCAAUGAUAACAAGCCAUUUUUCAUCUCUAAAUUAGAAGGAAGUGUGAUGGAGCACUCUGAUCGAGGGAGUUCUGUUAUGACUGUGGUGGCCAUUGAUUAUGAUGAGGGCAUCAACGGUACUGUGAGGUACGAAAUAGUUGAAGGUCCAUCAGAUGGAUCCGAUAUGAAAUUCCAGAUCAGAGAAAACUCAGGUCUGAUAGAAACUAGCACCAACUCAUCCGGCUUGGACCGAGAGACCACUCCCACAUACACAGUGAAGGUGAAGGCCUCCGACCGCGGUGUGGUAGCUCAGUCAAUAGAAAAACAAGUCACCAUCAAUCUGGACGACAAGAACGAUCAAAUCCCAGUGUUUGAGAAGCCUCUCUACAGGGUGACAAUGUCCGAAGCGCAGACAUCAGGAGCUAUUGCAAGAGUUCGAGCUACGGACAAUGAUAUUGGAGAAAAUGCUCGUCUUGAUUACAGAUUGAACAACUUCAUUUCUUUUUUCGACGUGGAGGGUGUGAAUAAUGAGGGCAGCAUUGUUGUAUUCAGGGCUGUCGACUAUGAGAAUCCCGACCAGCGUUUCUUCAACCUGACUGUAGUGGUCCAGGACCCCGAUCCAAGUCACACCGCCACAACACAUGUAGAGGUGACUGUUGAGGACUUCAAUGAUAACGCCCCUGAGUUUGAAAGACCCAGGAUUUCUGUGGAAGAGUAUGAAGAUGCUGCUGUGGGAACAUUCCUCGCACACUUCUCCGCUGACGAUAAAGAUAGUGGCAUCAAUGCUGAUUUCGAGUACUCGGUGGACCGGAAGACUGAUCCAGAUAAAAUCUUUGCCAUCAACCAGCUUGGAAACGUGACAAUCAGAAACAUGAUGGACCGGGAGAAGCUAAGCUUUCACAAAGUCUUCAUACUGGCCAUUGAUAAAGGUGAUCCUGCUCAAACCGGCACAGCUACUCUAGAGGUGAAGGUAUUGGAUGUCAAUGAUAACUUCCCCAUCUUUGCAAAGCCGUAUCACCCCGUCGUCAUGGAGAAUGCUGCAGUUGUACCAGAACUUGUUAUUGUCGUCAAUGCCACCGAUUUGGAUGCUGACCCAUUUGGGCCGCCAUUUGGAUUUGCAGAGCCUGUGUGUAGUGAUGGGUCCGAUUCUUGCCCAUGUAACAGCCGGCCUACCUGCGCCGACUUCAGUCUUUUAUUCAAACCCUCUGGUGACAACAAUAAGGGCAAUGCCGAAGUGUCCACAAAGAAGGUGUUUGAUCGUGAACAGCAGAAGUUUUACUACAUGCCCAUUGUGAUGUGGGACAUGAGGGGCUCAGGAAAUCCUAAGGCUCAGACUGGGACCAACACACUCACCAUAGAGAUUGGGGAUCUCAACGAUAACAAGCACGGCCCAGGCCACAAGGAUAUCUUUGUCUACAACUACAAGGGAAUGUUUGGCCCUCUUGAAAUCGGUAACGUGUACGCCACUGAUCCGGAUGACUGGGAUGUGGUUGACAAGACCUUCACCUACACUGGACCAGAGUACAUGAAGAAAUAUUUCACGGUGGAUACAAAUACUGGUAUGAUCACCAUGGCUAAAGGCAUCCCCAGCGACGUAUCAUACUCUUUCACUGUGGAUGUGUAUGAUGUCACCUGGAAGAUAACUGCACAGUGCACUGUAACUAUUAUGGUCCGAGACAUAUCAGAAGAAGCUGUUUUCAGCUCAGGAUCAGUACGUCUCCGAGGUAUAACAGCUGAAGACUUCGUGGCUAGACCCAAAAAGCCCAAUAGCGGCAUCAGUGAAUAUGAAAAAAGCAAGUAUGACCUAUUCCAGGAAUUUAUUGCUGACAAGAUUUCUGUGCCCAAAGGGAAUGUAGAUGUUCUCAGCGUUCAAAACAAUGGAGAAUUCACUGAUGUCCGAUUCUCUGCUCAUGGCUCUCCAUACUACCCAUCCAGCAAGAUGAAUGCGGUUCUGGCAGUAAACAAGGAUGCGCUCCAGAAAGCUGUGAAUAUUGAGGUGGACCAGGUUCCCAUCGAUGAGUGUAAGGAGGAGAGAUUUGAAGGAAGCUGCUAUAACUUCCUCAAUGUCACCGGCCAACCAGCCAUGGUCAACACCAACGGCACCUCCUUUGUUGGAGUAGAGAUGUUUGUGCAACCAACUCAGGGAUGUCGCUCUGACUUCUAUCCCCCGAUCGAUGAUUGUACGCCAGACUACUGCUACAAUGGUGGCACCUGCAAUAAAGAUGACUGGGGAGAACUUUCGUGUAAAUGCUCUCCUGGCUUUAAUGGCCCCCGAUGUCAAGGAACUCAUCACUCCUUCGACGGCAGCAACUACGCCCUAUACGACCCUCUGGAACAGUGUGAGUUCGGACGCACCAGCCUCUACAUCAUCACACUGGAAGAGAACGGACUCAUCUUGUACAAUGGACCUGUGGAUGACUUUGCACCUGGCUCUGAUGAACCAACAGAUUUCAUCUCCCUGGAGCUGAGUGGAGGCUACCCGAGACUGAGGAUUGACCAUGGAUCUGGAACUCUGGAGGUGUAUGUGGAUGGCCGAGAUGCUCACGGUAUUGCAAAGAUGCAGAAACUCAGUGAUGGGAAGUGGCACAGGAUUGACAUUGUCCGAAAUGGACGGGAUGUUGAGAUGAUCGUUGACCACUGUGAACGAGCCACAUUGGGCCCCGGAGGUUCAGUCGAAGAUGAUAAGAUGUGUCGUGCAGCUGGUACCACCCCAGGAGAAAAUAUUUACCUGAAUGUGAACACACUGCUACAGCUAGGAGGCCGGUACUCCACCCCUAAUAAACCCACUGGAAUAAUGCCCACCAAGUUUAAUGGAUGUGUCAAGAACCUGAUGCACAACAGCAUACUGUAUGAUCUGACAGUGCCAGGGAACCCGGGAUACCCAGCAGGGGAAAACACAUGCCGACGGGAAGAUGUCAUCUGUGACGAAAACAGCAUCAAUGGCCCCAAGUGUGGUGACAACGGCAUCUGCGAGUCCACCUGGCAGCCCGAUACCACCAUCUGCAUCUGCAAGCCAGGCUGGUUCGGAAACAAGUGUGAGACAGUGGCAACAACAAAAGAUUUAGGGAAGGACAGUUUUAUACAGUACCGACUCAAAGACCAGUUCUUCAAUAAUGUGAGUUCUCGAGUGAUGAAGAUGCAAAUUCUGUUCCGGACUCGAGACCGAGAUGGAGUUCUCUGGACCAUUUCCACUUCUUCCGGAAGCAUGACCACCACAUUGCAGAUCGUGGAUGGAAUACUGACCUUGACCUACAACCUGGGCAAUGGUAUUCGUAACCUGGAGUUGUCCAGACGCGUUGUGAGUAACGGUCAGUGGCAUACCGCCCAAGUGGAGCGUAAUGGCCGCGAGUUUGUCCUGAAGAUGGACAACAUGGAAGGUGCCAACUAUAACUUCACAUAUGGCUUCCCUGACGACAAGCAGGAACUCCACAUGCACAACAUGAUGUUUGCUGGCGCCAUCGUGUCAUUCACCAACAGCCUUCCUGUCCUGGCAUCCGAUCUGCAAGACACCUGCCUGCAAGAUAUCCGCCUCAACAACGAGUGGUUCCCUAUGGAAGUGUCAGAACAGGCACUGAGCAAGGCUGCUGAGAUUCAGAAGGUCAGCCAUGUGACGGACGGCUGUGUACGAAACGACUGUGCCGGCGUAACCUGCCCCCCGGACAGAGUCUGUACCCCCUCUGGGGGGAUCUAUGAGUGCAGAUGCCCCGAACACUUCGAGGAGAUAGAUGGCAGCUGCCAACGCAUCAACUACUGCGCUGAUCACCGAUGUUUCGACGAUGCCACCUGUGAGGAAGACUUGACCGAGGAGAAGAACUAUGUGUGCAGGUGUUCCAGGGACUGGACUGGGGAGUUCUGUGAGCAGAGGCAACCUGCAGGACUACUUGCAGGAAUCACCACUGGUGCCAUUGUCGCCAUUAUUGUUUCCAUCUUUGUGCUGCUUGUGUUGGCAGUUGCAAUCAUUCUGUUGGUGAAGUGUGGACGGCGCCCUAGCCCAGAUGACAAGUACAUUCUUGAGGUGGAUCCAGAAGACGAUAUCCGUGAAAAUGUCAUCAACUACGAUGAAGAGGGAGCAGGAGAGGAAGACCAUGAUGCUUAUGACAUCCACCGACUCCGUAAGCCCGGAUGCAGAAUCUCUCCACAAGCCCCCACUGGACACCAUGCCACGGAGGGAAAUGCCCAGGAGAAAGAAACAAUUGCUGCAUAUGUUUCAGAUGCUCCUGGGGAGUCUCCAGAUGUUGGCAACUUCAUCGAUGACAGAUUAGUAGACGCAGAUGACGAUGAUAAUGCACCGCCUCACGAUGCAGUGCGAGAGUUUGUGUACGAGGGUGAAGGGAGUGAUGCUGGAUCCCUCAGCUCGCUCAACACAUCCUCCAGUAUCAGUGAACAAGACUAUGAUUACCUCAAUGACUGGGGUCCCAAGUUUGCCAAACUGGCAGACAUGUACGGAGCAGGCAUGGAGCCUGGAGAGGAGGAUGUAUAAAAUGUGGAUGUGUGUGACGACGCUUGAGAAUACCCUCAGGGCACUGUACCCUAUGCUGGAAACAUGGAAUCACAUCUAAUUAAUGACUUUUGGUGGAGACUGUUCACCCAGGUUGCUUAUAAUGGAACAAUAUUAUUGACGAACAGUGCAUUAAUUCCAUCUGGGGAAGACUUCGCCGUUUGAUUAGAGUGACGCAUGAAGUUUCGUGACGAAUGGAUUUUAAAAUUGCAACAAAAUCUGGGCACACUCUUCCAAGACUUAGGUGGCCUUACAUCGCAGAAUAUCAUCAUAUGCCAUGCCUAUUAAUUUUGCAAGCCUUUAGCUAUUGAAUGCUGUUCCUAUUGAAUGUUUUGCUUUUAAAAACAUAUAACCAGUUUUUGACACAGGUGCAGGAUAACACUCGUUUCAGCUGUGAAUAUAAUCCACAGUCCAAUACAAAUCUUGAAGCAGAUGAGAUCAUCAUUUUAGCUUUUGAUACCAGCUUUUUACCAAUAACACAUCAGGUAUUGUCUGUAGUCUCUAUUGUUGCUUUCUGAGGGAAUUUAUCCUUGAAAAAUGCUUUAUAUUUUUGUAUUUGUGGUGUAAUAUAUAUAUCUUCGACAUCCAGCCUAGCUGGUCAUGGUGUGAGCCACCAUUGACGCUGUCACUUCUUGUUGCAGAGUGUGUGUCCAGUGACUUUUUAUUUGUCUCAGUCUAGAUUUUAGAGUACUUGGAAACAACUUAAUAAAAAAGGCGGAAGGUGUAUAGUGGGUAGUGUUUGCAGGUUAUGCUCGAUUUGAUCUAAACUGGGAUAAUAUAUAUACAGUUGCUAUGUGCAUUAUUGUCCUCUAUGUACAUAAUAUACUUUAUAGAACAAGCUGAUUUCUGUAACCAGAAUUUUGGAAAUACUUCUUUCUUUCCAGGAAAGUAUGCCUAUCAUUCAGAUGAGAGGUUGGUAUAACUCACUUUCCAAAAUAUCAGAAAACACCAGGUUUGACUGCCUUCCUGACCAGUCAGAAGUCAGCAGGUAUAACCUGCUUUCCUGACCAAUCAGAAGUCAGCAGUUAUUACCUCCUUCUUUGACCAAUCAGAAAUUAGCUUGCAUAAUGUUUAGUGUAAGUAGCACAGGACUUCUCAUCCCAGCUUUUGCUUUGGUCAUUCAUUUCAGCUCAAUUUUGACAAUCUUCCAAAAUGUUCAAAUUCAUUUUCAAAACCUACAGAAAUUGGUUCUCAUCAUUUCCAUUUAUGUUCAUAAAAUGUAUUUUUCUAGAACACUACAAACAUUCCCUACUAUACAAACCCCUAUCGAUUUGUGAUUCAUGUUUUAUAUGUGUAACCUUCUCUUGUUGUGUACAAAGAAAACAGUUUAGGAUCCAUAGCCUAGAGGAUUCCAUUAAUUAUUGUAUCUACUACCUGUGGUGUACAGAAACUCCCCUCUAGGGAACAUUGAACUAGCAUCAUACUUGAUUUUUGUAUAUAGUUAUCCUCAUUGUUCAUCCAAGGGAAGCAAAUGUAGACAGCUCAGUCCAGAGAGGCUUCAUCCACAAACAUAGGCUGGGCUAUCAUUUAUCAAAGCAGAGGACCAAGGCAAAUAAGGCAGGCUUGGAGAGGGCUGAUGUUGUUCAGUGAUGCUGUUGUAUUGUAAGGGACAGUGAUUUAGCCCAGUUGUCAAGUGUUCACUUGUUUCACUGUGGCUCUGGUUCUGUCCCUAUGUUGGUACAAUUUGUGAAUCUGUCUACUUGUUCUUUGUGGAUGUAGAAUUAAUAAGUACAAUCUGACGAAAAACAUGUUAAAUGUUGAAGCAGUUAUACUGAUGUUUGUUGAAGUGAAAUCUUAGGUGGUGUCAAAAUGUUGUUUUCAUUAUGAGCGCAACAUCGAGUGUCCCUCUUCAGCUGUCAGCCAAUCAAGUUACAUUUAGCUUUGUUGCAGUGAACAUUUACCCGAGUACAUCAGUUGAAUGCUUCAGAAUCGUGCUCAUCAUCUUCAACUGUUUUCCAUUCUCGACUCAAUAGAACAGGACAGUAUGUGUAACGACUUCAUAGGCCAUGUUGGCACUGGUUACCAUGACGAUGGCCCUUGUGACGUUCUGAAACUGUCCACGUAGUUAGGGAACAUCCACCUGUCAUUGGGAACAAAUCUGUCUACAUUUGCUUCAUCCAUAUAACUAUGAUUUGACAUGUUCAUUCAUAUUUAAUCAAAUAACAUAAUUUCAUCUCACCUUAAUUAUGUGUGACAUUAAUCUGAGUGAAAGGAUUUGAGUACUGUUGAUUUCACUUCAUUUGAAUGAUUGUGUCCAUUUCUGAUCAAACCAACAGUCAUGUUAUUGUAGAAAUCUGUCUAGACAUCAGGGGAGUGGUUUCCAUGACAACUGCCAAGGUUUCUGAGUGGUUUCCCAUGACAACGUUGUGACAAAACACUUGUGAACAGAUUUCACAAGGUUCCUUACAAAUGAGGUUGCAUUCUGUUGCCAUGACAACUGUUAAAAACCAUUCAGUUUCCUUGACAAUGUUGUGGAUCAUCAGCACCCUCGUCGCUCCAUAUGUAGUUGUUUGUUAUUUCUGUGAUUAUAGAUCAGAUUAACCUUAAUUGCACCUCAUUGUAGACGUUAUGGUAACUAUCGGAGAUGUGUAAUUAUAAUGUACAUACCUACAGGCUUCUAUUGGUAGUGAUGACAAGCAAAUAAGUGUCAUGACCUACAUCAUGAUAUGUCUCUGUGAUAUUGGCACGGUUAAUCUAUUGCGACAAGGGUCAGCGAGACAGUUGCCAGGAUGUCACUUCCAUCCUUUACGAAGCAGGGUUACCUCCUAAAUAAUCACAAACUUUCCAUGAAAAUAUAUUUUUAAAUGGAUAUUUCCCAAUGUAGUUAUUCUUGAAAAAAUUCAUUCUUUUGAACUUAAGUUGGAAAGUUUUUAAGAUGUAAAGACUUGUAAAUACAAUUAAGCAAGAUUAUCUUUCAGUUGACCUGUGUUAGUCUUUUGAAAUUUGGUUUAAUAUCCUUGUGAAAAACUUGUGUGACAGUAUCUUGGCACCAUCUCGCUGUAUCAGCUGCCGAUCUGAAUUUAGUGGCAGUUGCUAUGACGACGUGAAACAUAUCAGCUGACGGUGCUGCAGUAAGGUGCCAACAAUGGCCAGACUAACACCCUGGUCACGCUAGCCCAGGCCAUGCAUGACCCAUCUCAAACCAUGGACAGCACUCAUCGUGAUGGUCAGCAUCACCCGAGGACACAUCUAUAGUGUCUAAAGCAUCAUUAAGGAAUAAAUCACUUUUCAUAAUUAAUUCUGGACCUGUCUGACCAUGGUUUGAAAGGGUCAGUGUUUAGUCCCCAAUAUCAAUAUUUAAUAUUCUUAAAUGACUAUUUUGUAUGAUAAAACAUCGUGACACAUAACAAUUGUUGGUUGUGAAAGCAUGAUCAUUUGACCUCACACAGGUCAGUCAGGAUCAUACAUUCAUUAAGUCAUCAUUUUUUUUCAAUUUUGAAUAAAAAUGAGGAUCAAUUAAUA